AUGUUCGGGCGCGCAGGACGUCUCCCCAACCUGCGGGGUGUCGCGCUCGUGAUCGCUGAGCCAUGGGCCUUCAGUACCGAGGAAAGCGAGAAGCUCUCAAACGCGGAGAAGCGCACGGACAUGGAUGUCCAUGAAUAUAUAUCACUCACAACUUGCAGACGCGCCUUCAAGGCCAAAAACAACGACAACAACUGUGAGGAAGAACCACAAGAUACGGGCUCUGCUGCGACAUCUCCCCUCGCCCUCUCUAUACUCCAGCCCUUCCGACGGAGGAUUGCGGCCAGAGUUCAACGCAAAUGA